CACGCCAUCGUGAAGACCCUUGGGUGCUCGGGCACCCGGCAGUCGCACGCCAUGGCGGACUGCCUUCCUUGUUGCGAGAUGCAGGACUUCGAGAUCAAAGGCUGUGAGUCCAUGGGACCAAUCCCUCUAACCGUCUCCAUCCCUGCGUCGCCGGGCUCUUGGCGACCACCAAGCGAGGACAGUGAUGCUCGCUUGGAACUCGUCGGCGAGUCUUUGCAACGUCUAAGUUCUCAGGUGCGACGGCAAGAAGAUCUCCAGCUGGCCCAACACCAGCAGAUGGUCCGGUUCCAGAGCACACUGCAAGACCUCGAAGAUCGUUCAUCGGGGCUAGGUCCGUCGGCGUUGGCAAGGCUCCAGGCCAUGGAGCGCAAGCAGAGCGCAAUGGCUGCUGGGGCGCAGCGCGCCAUGCAACUGGCCAUGAAGGCGGCAGAGGCGCAGCAGACGCUGUCCGACCGACAAGAUGAGAUGCAUGGCCGAAGCAUCCAUGAGCUUCGCUUGUGGAGUGCUCGAGUGGAGCAAUUAGAGCAAGAACUGCACCAUCUCAAGGAUGAAGUGGAGAAGUUGUCGAAGCCAAAAGUGGAGAGCCCUUGGGCCUCUCGUGUAGAUCAGCAGGAGGCCACCUUGAAGCGCUUGGAGCAAAGGAUCAAGCAUUUGGAGGCCGAGGAUUGGCACAACCCAGUGUCCGAGUUGAAGAAGCAGAUCGAGGCAUGUUCUAAGGGCCUGGACUCACAAAUCUCCACACAGGCACGAGCAGAGGAAAGUGUUCAAGAGCAACAGCAGCAGCUGGAGAAGACCAAGGAGGAGCUGGUGUCCUUGAUUGCAAACCACGACAAGAAACUGGAGGCCUUCGACGUCGCUGUGGGGGAGCUCCAAGCCUCUGCGGCAGCGGUUCUCAUCGAAAGUGCUGAGAAGGAUUCCGAGCCGGACUGGUCUGGCCUUGAAGGUGACAUGGCCAAGAUGGGUGAACAGAUCCAUCGCUUGGAGGAGCAAGUGACCAAGAUUGGGCCCCGGCUGGACGAGCAGGCCUUGUCCUUGUCCGCUGGAAACGCCACGGCCGAAGGCCUUCAUGACCUUCGUCAGCGUUUGGAGGAUCUGACGGAGAUGUUGGAUGGAGAGCGGCUGACGCAGCUGCGCCAUGUCUCCAUCGCGUGGCCUGAGCUGAAUGCGAAGCUGGAACGAGUGAGCCGGCAGAGUGCUGAGUGUUGUGCAAAGACCGAAGCCUUCGAAGUGCGCUUGGACUUGACACGCAGGAAUUUGGACACGCAAGAACGGCGCCUGGAGGGAUUGACCUCCCGUGUGACGGCGCUGCGCGACGAGCGACAUGAGCGACGUGUCCGGAGCGAGGGCCUGGAGGAGAAGUCAUCCAUGGCGAUGCUUGCACAAAAGCAACUGCCUGCACACAAGCACUUCGAUAUCAAGGCUCUGGCUACGAAGCAGCUGGAGCUGAAAAAGGAGGAACUGGUCAAGAAAUCCCGCGGGGCAUGGCCAGUUCAUUUUGGUGACCGGUUUCGGUCUGUUGGUCACUUAUAUAAAUGGUAUACAGUACCCUCACGGCAACGUCACCCUGAACAUAGAACCCUGGACCAAGCACUGGAUGACAAUAUUCCCUGGCAGGGUCCAUUGAACUUUAUGAUGUACACCAUGAAGUGCACAAUGUUUUGCUAUGUUUCUUGUUGACAAUCGGGGUCUGAGGACCAAUCCAAAAGCGCAUCGAUUCGGAGUCAAGCUCCAAACCAUUAUCAAUAUGAUAAUAUGUCUAUUAUUGUGUCGCCCACCGGAUUGAACCAGUUAUGAUGAUUGUCUCAAGCACCCUGAGUGAGUGUUUUGACAUGUUUUGACUUAUGUUUUGACCUUUUCAUGCCAAUUGGCAGUUUGUGUUUUCUCCCCUAGUAAUGAUUAACUGUUGUUUUAGUUGUCGUGUCUCUUUGUCUCUCUCUCUCUGAUUGUCGGCCUGUUCAGCUGUUCCACCACCAUCCAUUCGACAUACACGAGGCACGUCCGUAGCAUACAACUAUUCAUGCAGUUUACAGGCACAAGUUGGCCAGUUCGUGAUUAAAACGCUCCUGGGGCGGUGUCAAAAGACAAGACACACGUACUGUUGUAUUUGGAGUUUUGUUGCGCAGACACACUGUUUUGUUAUGUUGUGCAGUGUUUUCAAAACGCAUCUACCAGGCUCGAGGUGCUUUGGUGCGUGGCAGAACGUCCAAAAACAAAGGGUCGAGUUUCGUUGUUCAAACGGAAGGAACGCGGGUCGUCAAAAGUGGCAAAGCUGUCAUCAGAUCCAGCAACGAUCCUGCAGAAAGUUGAUGCUCGUUGUUUCCGGUUUGCUGAAUGAACAAAGGGUCAAACCCUCUUCCGGGUCAAAGAAGCAUGGGGUACGGUGCCAGAUUUCUACACGAUCAUUUCAUCGAUUUCAUGCUGUACUAUAUAAGUCCAGAGGCUGUUUGUCAGGUUGAUUUUGACCGUGGCGCCGUGGCUGGCUGAAUGGACGGCGUGCUGAUGUUUCUCAGGUCACUGAAAGCCAGACGACAAGCCCCACCUGGACAAAUAAUAUGUUGCCUUGCUUUGGGCUCUCAACAGCUGCGUUGCACUCUUUACCCAUUGUUUCGACCCCGGAUUCAAUUGAUUUCUUGCAGACCUUGAUGCAGGACCGCCAUUGAUCCUAAGAUAAGUUUCGCACAAAACGCUGGACCUGAUGGACAAAUUGAAUAGUGUUUUGUACCCGUAUGCUUACACACUCUCAGGUAUUUGCAAAAAAAAUAUAUAUAUAUAUCAUUAUAUAUCAGAAUAUGGUCCUUAGCAUCGACACGUGGGUGCCCAAUGUACAGUGUGUGCACCGUCCAGUGGCGCCAUUUGCCGCCAACAGGGAUUAGCCGGGCAUUUCCACUGUAAAACGAUAAUUCAUGACGAUACAUCAAUGUCUCUUGUCAGUGAAAUUCUUUACCAUAUCCUGGUUUGUAUAGUCCAGUCUAGCUGUAUAUUAGCCUUCCUUGUGUCCACCCUUGGUGUCCACCCUUGCCAUGACAUCAACUGUAAGAUCCAUGUGGCCUCUUUUUGGUGUCCAUGACUAGGCCAACACGUUCUGUGACAUCAGUUUGGCUUUGUUUUUGCGUACAUUUACUGGUUUUCUUUGUUUCCACGGUUCAACAUCAACUAUAACAGCAAUGUUUUUGGGGCCCCAUGGCAUUGUCCCACCUCAACAUCAACUGUGACAUCAAUUUGGUGACUUGGUUGAGAACUCGGGUAGCCCCCAUCUCAUACAGAUGAAUCUGACACAAUCUAUUUUUUAAAGAAUCGGCCCAUUCAUGAAACUCAAAACCAUACUCGGUGGUGUCUUCAGAUAUUGUGUUUUCAACCUUGAGGGACUACCAUUUUGCAUCC